UGGCGGAGCGGACAGCAUGGCUCGCGUGCUGAGCCGGGACCCGCCGGACAUUGAGAACAUUCUGGCUUUAAAUCCCCGCACACAGACACAUGCAACUCUUCAUUCAACUGCAGCAAAGAAACAAGCCAAGAAGCAAUGGAAGAGGAACGCAGACAAAAGCUGUUCGAACUGUGAGAAACUGGAAAAUAAUUUUGAUGACAUCAAGCACACAACUCUUAGUGAGCGAGGAGCACUUCGAGAAGCAAUGAGAUGCCUGAAGUGUGCAGAUGCCCCUUGCCAGAAGAGCUGCCCAACUAAUCUGGAUAUCAAGUCAUUCAUCACAAGUAUUGCAAACAAGAACUACUAUGGAGCUGCCAAAAUGAUUCUUUCUGACAACCCCCUUGGUCUGACAUGUGGCAUGGUGUGUCCAACAUCAGAUCUCUGUGUUGGUGGCUGCAAUUUAUACGCCACCGAAGAGGGACCAAUUAAUAUUGGUGGAUUACAGCAGUUUGCUACUGAGGUGUUCAAAGCUAUGAAUAUUCCCCAGAUCAGAAACCCUUCCUUACCUCCUCUAGAAGACAUGCCCAAAGCCUAUCACGUGAAGAUAGCUCUUCUUGGUGCAGGACCUGCAAGUUUAAGCUGUGCUUCCUUUUUGGCUCGACUGGGCUAUUCAAACAUCACCAUAUUUGAAAAGCAGGAGUACAUUGGUGGCUUAAGUUCGUCUGAAAUCCCCCAGUUCCGAUUGCCAUAUGAUGUGGUGAAUUUUGAAGCUGAGCUUAUGAAGGAUCUCGGAGUGAAGGUGAUUUUUGGUAAAGGCCUUGCGGUGAAUGGAAUGACGCUCCGCAACUUGAAAGAAGAUGGCUAUGAAACAGUCUUUAUUGGGAUAGGUUUGCCAGAACCAAACAGAGACAGUAUAUUCCAAGGACUGAGAAUGGAUCAAGGAUUCUACACAUCUAAAGACUUCCUACCUUUGGUAGCAAUGGCAAGUAAACCAGGGAUGUGUGCCUGUCACUCUCCGUUGCCAUCAAUACAUGGAACUGUGGUUGUGCUUGGGGCAGGAGACACUGCCUUUGACUGUGCAACAUCUGCUUUACGCUGUGGAGCUCGUCGCGUGUUUGUGGUCUUCAGGAAGGGAUUCACCAACAUCAGGGCUGUCCCAGAAGAGAUGGAACUUGCCAAAGAGGAGAAGUGUGAAUUUCUGCCUUUCCUCUCCCCUCGGAAAGUGAUACUUAGGGGUGGACGAAUCGUUGCCAUGGAGUUUGUUCGGACUGAACAGGAUAAUGAUGGAAACUGGACAGAAGAUGAGGAUCAGGUUGUCCGCCUGAAAACCGAUGUGGUAAUCAGUGCCUUUGGCUCCAUCCUGAGCGACUGCAAAGUAAGAGAAGCCAUGGCACCUAUCAAGUUUAACAGAUGGGGUCUUCCUGAAGUAGAUCCAGAGACUAUGCAAACAAGUGAACCCUGGGUUUUUGCAGGGGGUGACAUUGGUGGUCUUGCUAACACUACAGUGGAAUCGGUAAAUGAUGGAAAACAAGCUUCCUGGUACAUGCACAGAUACAUACAGUCCUUACAUGGUGUUGCAGUUCCUGCUGUUCCAGAGCUACCACUCUUCUACACUGCUAUUGAUUUAGUAGACAUCAGUGUAGAAAUGGCUGGGCUGAAGUUUCCAAAUCCUUUUGGCCUUGCCAGUGCAACCCCUACUACGAGUUCUUCAAUGAUUUGGAGAGCUUUUGAAGCUGGAUGGGGCUUUGCUGUCACUAAAACAUUCUCCCUGGAUAAGGACAUCGUGACCAACGUUUCACCGAGGAUCGUGCGUGGAGUCACGUCAGGGCCUCUGUACGGCCCGGGCCAGGGCUCCUUCCUAAACAUUGAACUCAUCAGCGAGAAAACAGCAGCAUAUUGGUGUAGAAGCAUUGCUGAGCUGAAGGCUGACUUUCCAAAGCAGGUUCUGAUUGCCAGUAUCAUGUGCAGCUACAGCAGAGAGGACUGGAUUCAACUUUCAAAAAUGGCUGAGGCUGCUGGUGCAGAUGCGCUGGAGUUAAAUUUAUCCUGCCCUCAUGGAAUGGGGGAGAGAGGCAUGGGCCUGGCCUGUGGGCAGGAUCCAGAGCUGGUACGGAACAUCUGUCGCUGGGUGAGACAAGCUGUUCAGAUUCCUUUCUUUGCCAAGCUGACCCCAAAUGUCACUGAUAUUGUGAACAUUGCGCUGGCUGCGCAGGAAGGUGGCGCAGAUGGUGUUACAGCUACCAACACUGUGUCAGGACUGAUGGGACUGAAAGCAGACAGCACACCUUGGCCAGCAGUUGGGAGACGACUGAGGACCACAUAUGGUGGCAUGUCAGGCAACGCCAUCCGUCCCGUGGCCCUCCGCGCCGUGUCUGCCAUCGCCCGAGCUCUCCCGGGCUUUCCCAUCCUGGCUACCGGCGGCAUCGAUUCUGCGGACAGCGGGCUCCAGUUUCUGCACAGUGGAGCUUCUGUUUUACAGGUGUGCAGCGCAAUCCAGAAUCAAGAUUUCACUGUUAUUGAUGACUACUGUACUGGGCUGCGAGCUCUCCUUUACCUGAAAAGCAUCGAGGAACUUAAAGACUGGGAUGGACAGAGUCCUGCAACUGUGCCCCAUCAGAAGGGAAAACCAGUACCCAGCAUUGCUGAUCUGAUGGGAAAGAAACUACCCAGUUUUGGGCCUUACCUGGAACAACGCAAGAAGAUAGUAGCUGAGAACAAGGUGAGACUGAAGGAACAGAGCAUGCCUGCCGUGCUUCCUGAGCAGAAGCGUUUCGUUCCCAAGAAGCCCGUCCCAGCAAUCAAGGAUAUAAUUGGAAAAGCACUGCAGUAUAUUGGAGCAUAUGGUGAGCUCUGCAACACAGAGCAAGUUGUGGCUCUGAUUGAUGAGGAAACGUGCAUCAACUGUGGCAAAUGUUACAUGACCUGUAAUGAUUCCGGCUACCAGGCCAUCGAGUUCGCUGCCGACACGCACCUGCCCGCGGUGACGGACGGCUGCACGGGCUGCACGCUCUGCCUCAGCGUCUGCCCCAUCCCAAACUGCAUCCGCAUGGUGUCCCGCACCACGCCGUACGUGCCACGCCGAGGGCUGCCCCUGGCCCGCAGCCCCGACUGCUGA